CAAUAGCAGGAGGCUGCCGGGUCAGGCCGGUGGCCCCGCGGCGCGCGCGGUGGUCGGCGACCCGCUCGGCGCUGAGGGAGUGGCCGCCCCGGGGCCCCCGCACCCUACGCCCUCGGCCCCCCGAGCCCGCCCCUCGGCCGCGCCGCGUCAUGCCCGGCGCUGCUCGGCGCUAGUGCCCGGGCCGCCGCCGCCCGCCCGCAGCCGCGCCCACUGUGCAGAGCCAGAGGGAUGGUGGCAGUCACGGGGCGGGAGCCAGACAGCCGUCGCGCGGACGGUGCCAUGUCCAGCUCCGACGCCGAGGACGACUUCGUGGAGCCGGCCACCCCGACGGCCACGCAGGCGGGGCACGCGCUGCCCCUGCUGCCCCAGGAGUUUCCUGAGGUUGUCCCCCUUAACAUUGGAGGGGCUCACUUCACCACACGCCUGUCUACACUGCGGCGCUAUGAGGACACCAUGCUGGCGGCCAUGUUCAGCGGGCGGCAUUACAUCCCCACCGACGCCGAGGGCCGGUACUUCAUUGACCGGGAUGGCACGCACUUUGGAGAUGUGCUGAAUUUUCUGCGCUCAGGCGACCUGCCGCCCCGGGAGCGUGUACAGGCUGUGUACAAAGAGGCCCAGUACUAUGCCAUCGGUCCCCUCCUGGAGCAGCUAGAGAACAUGCAGCCUCUGAAGGGGGAGAAAGUGCGCCAGGCAUUUCUGGGACUCAUGCCCUAUUACAAAGACCAUUUGGAGCGGAUCGUGGAGAUUGCCCGGCUGCGUGCGGUACAGCGGAAGGCCCGCUUUGCCAAGCUCAAGGUCUGUGUCUUCAAGGAGGAGAUGCCCAUCACCCCCUACGAGUGUCCGCUUCUCAACUCCCUGCGCUUCGAGCGGAGCGAGAGCGAUGGGCAGCUCUUUGAGCACCAUUGCGAGGUGGAUGUGUCUUUUGGGCCCUGGGAGGCUGUGGCUGAUGUUUAUGACCUACUGCACUGCCUGGUCACGGACCUCUCAGCCCAGGGCCUCGUCGUGGACCACCAGUGCAUCGGGGUGUGUGACAAGCACCUCAUCAACCACUACUACUGCAAGCGUCCCAUCUAUGAGUUCAAGAUCACGUGGUGGGAUAGUUCCAGGCUUUGUUUUAGGAUGUGGAGAGACUCUUCCUCCUGAAACAUACUCUUCACCACCUUUUGGAGAUGUAACCAUAGUUGCCAAAGCCGUGCACCAGGUUGGCCUUAGAAGAGCACAAUGUUUACAGCCCUGCCUUAGGGCCGCAGCUUCUCCUACCUUCCACCAACCUUCCUUGCUUGAAGGGUUAUCUUCUCAGGGCUGUAAUGUAGACUUCAGAGGUUCCUUUCGAAGAUUCCCUGAGUCAAGCAGGCAGGUUGCCUAGAUCUUCUGUUAUCUUUGAGAUGUAACAUCCUUCCUGGAGGCUCAGAAUAUCUCUUUGGCUGCCAUUUCAUGUGUUAGCAUCCAAUUUGUGGUGAACCUCUGUAGAUAGGAACCCCCUCUUUUUUAAACCCUGCUGCUUUACCCUGCUCAUGUUCUCCUAGGAGAAGUGUCUGUUCUGAGGAAGCAAACAAAGGCUUGGGUGGGAGGCACAGCUAUACCAGGAGCUGUAGGACAGUCGUAGCAAACCUCCAUCACGCUGUACUCUCCACAUCUCAGACAGAGAAAAAGAUCCACAGGGUCCUGCUCCCACUGCAUUUUCUUCUUGCUCCGUCUUCAGAGCAGGGCAGUUAAGCAGGCUGUGGACACGCGUCUCCUGAAAGAAGAGAUGCGCGGCGCCAGCAGUGGGAACGUAACAUUCCUGUGCUGCAUUAAGGGCUUCUCCCUGUGAUCAUGACUUGUGCUUGACGGUCCUGGGUAUUUGUUAGGGAGAUUUUUUUAUAUGUAAAACACGGGUAAGGACAGCCUCAUUGGUCUCAGUCCUACAAGACCAGAUUGAUGAGGUAGGGGGAGAGGGAGCUGAAGAUGUCUGCAUCCUUCUGAGGAAGAGAAGGCCAAGUCCUGGGACCUCGCUGAACCCCUCAGUGGGGCAGUGAUCUCCUGGCCCUCUGUGGAACAGGUUGUGGGGCGCAGUUUUGCACUCCCAUGUCAUGUGGUGGAACAGAGGUCCACACGGUGUUCUAAGAGGAAGGUAAAGUCAGUUGUUGAGGUUCUGAGAUAUGUGUUCUCUCCGUUGUUCUCAUCCACAAAUGAAUCAUCACUGUUCUGGAGUUGAUGUCCCUGCUUAAAGCUUACUCCAACAACAUGGCUCUUGUCUUGUUCUAAUAGAAGUCCUUCACUGAAUUUGCUCCGAUCGGUAUUACUGCCUAAUGCAAACUCAUUUUUGGACAGACACUGAGGCAAGCUCUUCGGGAGAAAGCUGGUGUGAGUAGAAAGGAGACAAUUAAUCCCAGUGCUUUCGGUUAUCUGGCCUUGGCUCCUUCUCGUUCCCACCGCUGGCACAGGGCAUCACAGUAUUUUGGUUAGAGUCCAAACAUGGAAGACAGAGUGACUGGUAGGCUCAAAUGUAAGUUUGCUCAAAGAUAGGCCUUGAAGACUAGCUUAGGGCUACAGGAAUGCUGGAUGAGGACACUGUCCCCAGGCCCCUUGCUAGAGACACUCCUUUGGACCAUCUGGCCCUGUGUUGUCCUCACAGUGGUGUACUCUGUGCCAUUGUGGGAGAGACAAGGCUCUGGGCCAGGAGACCAGGCAGAGCAGGGAUACUGGCAGCCAGCUUCGAGCUCUUUUCAAAUGAAGUAAAAGAAUUCAGUGGCCCAGUUUGGCCCUUCUCUGAUGAGAAGCCAAGGCCAAGAUGAAAAGUGCUUUUGGAUGUGGUGGUUUGUGAUAAUGGCCUCCAGAUAAAGAUCGUAUCUGAGGAAGUGACUUUUCCCAGUUGGAUCCCUUCUCAAGUCUAAAUGGUCAGGUCUAGAGCAUAAGAAAGGUUGGGUUAGGAAGGAGGGCUCUGAAGGAUGAAUGCUUGUUCCCAAUCCAAGGGAGUAUGUUUUCAUAGAAUUCUUGUGCAUAAUAUUGAUGGGUUAAACCAAGUGCCUGCCUUUGGAGUUUCCGUUAUGUUUGGCUUUGGGCGCCUUUCUCCCCGGUAUCGUGCAUGCUGGCUGGGAAGGUGAAAGUUUUAGGGGAUAGGGUUGUAUGGUACAAUAGCAGCCAUGACAAAAUUCCGCAAAAAUGAAAAACUUAAUGGCAACAUAUAAGAUCGAAACAAAACCACAGUGAAGCAUGACAGCACGCCAGAUUGGAGGAGCUCUUUGGGUUAACUCUCUAAAUAGAAGAGAUAGACGAAUCGCCAGCAUCCUUACUCUACCUCUGGGGUAACUCACGAGGCUGUCUAUUGCCCAUCCUGUGCAGAGAGUCAACUGUGCUCUGAAAGUUUCUGUUCUUUCUUCCUGGGGCUUAGGGUGUUCUGGGAGCUGUUGGAGCCUUGUGCCUCAGGCUGGUCAGGUGACACAGCUUUCCUGCUCUGGGUUGCUUGUUGGGGGACUAGAAGAAUGACAUUUGCAAGCCACAAAGUGGGGUGAGCCUCAAUGUGCAACCUUGGUCCAAACUGGAUCCUGAAGAGGUUAAGAAGAAUGACAGCAGCAACGGAACAAAACUGCUUCACUGAGCAUUUUGAUCCCAGUUAGAAUUUUACCUCUACCUAGGAUCUGUCCGUAUUUGAUUCCAAGUGAUUAAGCUUUCUUAGGUACCUUUCACUGGGGCUCGUUCAUGAAGGCAGUGCCUGCCUUGUGAUCCUUGAAAGGGGGAGGCUUUAUUCAUCAGAAGCCGGAGCGUGGGGACAUGGGGUGAAAGAGGCACUUUAUGGAAUUCUGGAAGAAACAUAUAUGUACACAUAUGUUAACUGGGAGACGGGUGGGUUGGCAGGGUUGAGGAGGCGGGAACAAAGACUGGGUCUAGGAACCGGUCGCCUCUGGAACAUGGGAGGUCACCUGGGCCCACUGUCUUCCUUCUGUGUGGUGGUGGGUUUGUGUACAUGGUAUAACACCUCCUGUGUUCAUUUGCUGCCUGUCUGUAAGCGCUUUGGUGCAUGGAGCCCCAGGACCCUCACAUGGCAUUAAAGUGAAGAAUUAGAACCUG